AAGUGGAAGGCCGCCCCCACCACCUCGGCCCAAAUGGACUCCACUCCAUUUCAGCUGACUCGACUACUACUCGUACUCGCUCGUAGUAGAAGGAGCCGGAGUGGGGGCUGAGGCCGACCGCUACACCAGUUUGUUGUCGGCCGGCGGACGGGCUAGUCACAACAGGAUGUCGCGCUUUAUCUCACUCCGCACUUUGAAAUAGUCGUUUAUGAACGUCGUUUAACGAUUGCCUGACCGUCUGAGGGGCGAAGUCGUGUCUAUUCCUCGGGCGAGAUCCAGCGGAAAGCCGAGUUUUUCCUUUUCGAGCGCUACGACUCGGAGGGAAAUAUGCUCAAGUUCCUAACCCACAAACUCAAAACCCACUCUUUGAAUGAAGACGAUCCCCAGAAGGUGGAAGACGACGAUCACGACUCCGGCACUGAAUCCGACGACGAGCACGGAACCAGCGACGAACCGGAAAUAAGCAUGGAAAGCGAAGGUGGUAGCGUAGUUACUGCACUAAGCCGAAGUCGGAGCAGUUUGUUAACUCCGGCGUCGCCUUACUUCCUGGACUCUGCACUCCCGAGUGAUUGUGAUCAGGGCUACGACCAACACAGUUCUGAGGAGGAGCUAGAAGUAAUCAAUUGCAAACAGGCCAAGAGCCAUACGGGACAAGAAAAACGGAAGUGGUCUCAGGUGACGCCGGAAAACGUGGGUGUCCGAAGGCCCGGGAGGUGCAGAACGGAGGGCGGCAGCUCCGGUUCGUCGGACGAGGAAGUCGUCGGCCUGGUCGCUGCAAUGACUGCACCUGUGCAGUUUAGGACUUCACCACCAAGAGGCACCCACAGGCCCUACUCGGCUGCACUCCACGAAGCGUCCCCUAGAAAACGGCACAGGAAUGCUGCACCGCCACGCCCAUGCCUCGACUUUGAAAAAAUGCAACAGCUCCAGGCGAAGGGAAUGACUACAUGGCGGCACACAGGGGAUUCAGGCGGUGAGCUGAGUGUCUACUGUUGGUGAAAAGUGAACGAACUUUCUUUUGUCUAAGUGUCCAAGUGCAACACCGUUUAUUUUCUAAGUUUACCAACAAUGUGCGCAAAAUAUUUUCGCUAUAAUCACUAAACACAACAUGGGAGUGAGACAGAAAGGAGAGGCGUUGUAAAACAAAGGAGGAAAAUGAGAAAUAAGCGUUAUAUAACACACAUAGAGACGGUAAUAAAUUUUCGUGUAAGUUA